AUGGCAAGGGGGAUAUUACGAUUGGCAUAUAUUGUGAAUCAAUCAAAAAGAAAAGCAUCCUACCACAAAAGAAAGAGAGGGGUGGUCAAAAAGCUUAACGAGCUCACCGUUCUUUGUGAUGCGGAUGCUGCCAUGAUAAUGUAUAGCUCGUUUGAGCAGGGGCCAGUGAUAUGGCCUACUGGUGAAAGGGUUCAAGAGCUGAUUGCCAGGUUCAUGCAAUUGCCGGACGUGCAACAAACGCGGCGAAUGAUGAGCCAGGACAGCUUUCUUGCGGAAAGGCUUGAAAAGUUGGGCACUCUGCUUCUAAAAUUGAAGCGAGAAAACAGGGAAAAGGAGAUGAAUGCACUGAUGCAUAAGAUUUUUAGCGGAGAACAGAUAAUUGAUUAUCUGAGUUCCGUAGAAUUAAACGAUCUGGGGUGGGUUUUAAACACGAAUAUCGCUGAAAGUGUUAUGAGGUUUGAAAGACAUUCCCCAACUCCCGCUCCUUUUCUCCCUGCUGCUCCUUCUCUUGCAACAGCGUCACCUCCUGUUCUUGGGUCUGGGACUAGCAAUGUGCUUGCUCCAGCGGAUGUGUUUUCCGGGCAAAGCUAUCAAGGCACGGUGGGUAUACAAACUCCCAUGUCUGCCAGUCUUAAUCCUGUAACCGCGUGGAGUUAUCAGAAUUGGUCUUUUAUGAAUGACAGUAAUCAGAAUGACCCAACUCAGGGGAGACCAGGUCCUAGCACUCAGUAA